AUGAGCUGGAUCUUGCUGGCGGCGGGGAUGCCCUUUUAUGUCCCCGAGGAGAGUAUGGCGCAUCUCGGGCUGAUCGCCUUUUUCAUCUACCUCUACGCAGCCUUCUACGGUCCAGGGGAGGGUCCCUGUGCAUUUGCCUAUUCGUCCGAGGUGUUCCCAUUAUCUCAUCGCGAGAUAGGUAUGUCCGGGGCCGUGGCGACAAAUGGAUUUUGGGCCUCUGUCAUUGCCCUCAUCUUUCCUCCUAUGUUGCAGGGGAUGGGUCCUCAAGGCACCUUUAGAUUAUUUGCCGGACUUAAUAUAAUUUGCUUUGUCCUUAUAUUUUUCCAUGCUUCAUAUCAGCUCUAUGAUAUCCUUCAAUGGCUGUGUAAUCGAUUUGUUCUGCGCAAAGACAUCAAUAUGCCGGACCUAUACCAUGAGCAGCCGCAAGAGAACCUGGAAGCUGAACUGGAAUGUUGA